GCGAACGACAUCACCACGGAGGAGAAGAAGCGAGCCACCCUCCUGAGCUCUUGUGGCAAGAGCGUGUUCGAUGUCGCCAGGUCUCUGGUGGCACCAGCGGACAUCGGAACAGUGCCGUUCAAAGAGCUGACGGAGAAGUUGAAGGCACACUUCUCCCCGCAACCGUCGGAGAUCGCUAGCCGGCACGCGUUCUUCAAGAGGAACCAAGCGCCCAACGAGACGGUGUCCGAUUUUGUAGCGGCUCUACGUAAAGCGGCCAGACCGUCCGCACAGCAUGAAACCAGCUGCCAGGUCGUACGAUCAAGCGCACCUUCGGUCCAACGAAUCGGAGGCACCGGCAAGAUCAACGUGACGGUCCAUCUAGACGGCGUUCCGUGCGGUGUGGAGGUCGACUCGGGAUCGUCGGUGACCGUGAUUUCGUCCAAGUCGUGGCAGCAGUUGUUCCCCACCAGGAGUCGUCGCCGGCUGAAGCCAGCAGACACACAAGUGUCCGACUUCCAGGGCAAGCGUAUACCUCUGGCAGGGAGGGAUACGUUUGAAGUUGAGUUUAAGGGGAAGCGGGCGACCCUUUCAUUGUUGGUGGCUGAGGGGAACAGAGUGAAUUUGCUGGGGCUUGACUGGUUUGAACCGUUGGGAAUUGCUAUUUCUGGCAUUAAUAGUGUAACGAAGAAUAAAUGGGCUGUACUGUAUAAGGAAUUUACUGAUGUGUUUGGGGGUGGCCUGGGAAAAUAUACGGGACCCCCAGUAGCGUUUGAACUUGAUCCUGCCGUGAGGCCGGUUCGCCUCAAGUAUAGGAAGGUUCCUAUUCCUCUUAAGCCCAGAAUUGAAGCAGAGCUGGACAAGCUCAUCGAGCAGGGCGUGUUAGAGCCAGUUCCCUUCAGUCGGUGGGAGACCCCCAUUGUGACCCCUGUUAAGCCGGACGGGUCAGUACGCAUCUGUGCUGACUACAAAUGCACCAUAAAUCGGGCAUUGCAGCAGCACUCGUACCCAGUACCGGUAAUUAGCCAUGUCUUGGCAUCGUUGGGGGGGGGGGAAGUUUUUGCGAAGUUCGACUUGGCCCAGGCUUACCAGCAGCUCCCCGUGACCAAGGAAGCUGCUGAGGCACAGACCAUUGUAACACACAGGGGGGCGUUCAAAGUAAACAGGCUCCAAUUUGGUGUGAACGUGGCCCCAGGGAUUUUUCAGGGCCUCAUGGAAGGGCUGUUGAGGGGGGUACCAGGGACGGUCCCUUAUUUUGAUGACGUUCUCAUUGCGGGGAGAUCCGAUGAGGAACUUAUGCACAGGGUCAGAGAAGUGCUCAAGCGUUUCCGUAAGGCCGGAUUGAAAGUAAAACAAUCCAAAUGUUUGAUAGGGGUGGAUAGCGUGGAAUUCCUGGGGUUCAGAGUGGACCAAAAUGGCGUACACCCCACAGACGAGAAGGUGAGAGCUAUCAAAAAUGCCCCUUGCCCCAUGAAUAAAAAAGAGCUGCAAGCCUUCCUCGGGCUGCUCAAUUUUUAUCACGCCUUUCUCCCCCACAAGGCGUCCGUGGCGGCACCUUUACAUGCGCUCCUUCACAAGGACGCAAAAUGGCGGUGGGGUGCUGAACAGAAAAAGGCGUUUGAAGGGGUGAAAUCAUUGUUGUCAUCAAAUGCAGUGUUGACCCAUUACGAUGACCAGAAAUUGUUGGUUUUGGCCGCAGAUGCCUCUCCUUAUGGGGUGGGGGCGGUAUUGAGUCAUGUACUGGAAGACGGACGGGAGGCCCCCGUCGCGUUUUACUCAAGGUCGCUAUCUGAAGCUGAGAAGAACUAUGCUCAAAUAGACAAAGAGGGACUGGCGCUGGUAUCAGCAGAAAAAUUUCACGAUUUCUUGUAUGGCAGACAUUUCCUACUUGUGACGGACCACAAGCCGCUGCUUGGGAUCUUUGCCCCGGACCGGCAACUCCCAAGCAUAAUGUCUGCCAGAAUGCUCCGUUGGGCCUUGUUUUUGUCGGCCUAUGACUAUGACCUGGAGCACCGGCCGGGCAAGGCCAUCGGACAUGCGGACGCAUUAAGUCGUUGCCCGCUGCCCGGCCGAGAUUUGGACCCUGCGCCAACGGCCUCUGUGUUGGCCAUCGAAGAACUGCCGCAAGCACCCAUCACCUCCAAGGACAUUGCCGCUGCGUCGGCUAAGGACAGUGUAAUGGCGGGAGUUCUUAACUGGGUUUGGAGGGGGUGGCCGAUGGGUGCUAUGGAGCCGGAAUUUCGCAUGUACAAAGCGCGCCAAAACGAGCUGUCUGUGUCUAAGGGCUGUUUACUGUGGGGAAACCGGGUGGUGGUGCCUCACUGCCUCAGACAAAAAGUGCUGAAAUCACUCCAUGAGGGCCAUCCAGGCAUGGUCCACAUGAAGGCACUGGCCCGUGGUUAUGUGUGGUGGCCCGGGCUUGAUGCGGAAAUCGAGGAUUGGGUGUAUGCGAGAAAUUAUGCCAGUGGUCACUUGUGGCUCCCAGCCACUGUGGACGAAUUUGUGGCCACAAGUGAAGUAGCAGCAUUUCCGGAGACAAAGGCUGCUAGAAGGGAAAUACAGUGCCCCCUGAUGACCGCUUUUGACGCAUCCCAUACUGUUAAAAAAUUAACAUCAGAUUGUUAUAAAACGGCUUACCGCUUCAGGACGUAA